UCUACCCCAAGCCCAACUUACACUCCUUCUCCAGUGUACGAAACUCCAUCAAACACCCCAAGUCCCGUCUACACCCCAUCUCCAGAGUACGAAACUCCAUCAUCCACCCCAAGCCCAACUUACACUCCUUCUCCAGUGUACGAAACUCCAUCAAACACCCCAAGUCCCGUCUACACCCCGUCUCCAGAGUACGAAACUCCAACAUCAACCCCAAGCACAUCCUACACCCCUUCUCCACAAUACGAAACUCCAUCAUACACACCAAGUUCCGUCUAUACUCCAUCUCCAGAAUAUGAAACUCCAUCAUCUACCCCAAGCCCAACAUACACCCCAUCUCCAGGGUACGAAACUCCAUCAUCUACCCCAAGCCCAACAUACACCCCUUCUCCUGAGUACGAAACUCCAUCAUACACCCCAAGUCCCGUAUACACACCAUCUCCAGAAUAUGUAACUCCAUCAUACACCCCAAGUCCCGUCUACACCCCAUCUCCAGAGUAUGAAACUCCAUCAUCCACUCCAAGCCCAGCAUACACUCCUUCUCCAGUGUAUGAAACUCCAACAAACACCCCAAGCCCCAUCUACACUCCAUCUCUAGUUUAUGAAACUCCAUCAUCUACCCCAACCCCAACCUACUCUCCAGAGUAUGAAACUCCAUCAUACACUCCAAGUUCCGUCUAUACUCCAUCUCCAGAGUAUGAAACUCCAUCAUCCACCCCAAGUCCAAGUUAACUCUUCUCCAGUGUACGAAACUCCAUCAAACACCCCAAGUCCCGUCUACACCCCAUCUUCAAAGUACGAAACUCCAACACCUACCCCAAGCCCAUUCUACACCCCUUCUUCGCAAUACGAAACUCCAUCAUACACACCAAGUUCCGUCUAUACUCCAUCUCCAGAAUAUGUAACUCCAUCAUCCACCCCAAGUUCAACAUACACCCCAUCUCCUGUGUACGAAACUCCAUCAUCCACCCCAAGCCCAACUUACACCCCUUCUCCAGCGUAUGGAACUCCAUCAUACACCCCAAGUCCCGUCUACACCCCUUCUCCAAUGUAUGAAACUCCAUCAUCCACCCCAAGCCUAUCUUACACUCCUUCUUCAGUGUAUGAAACUCCAUCAUCCACCCCAAGCCCAACAUACACUCCAUCUCCAAAGUACGAAACUCCAACAUCCACCCAAAGCCCAUCCUACACCCCUUCUACACAGUACGAAACCCCAUCAUACACACCAAGUUCCAUCUAUACUCCAUCUCCAGAGUAUGUAACUCCAUCAUCCACCCCAAGCUCAACAUACACUACAUCUCCAAAAUAUGAAAUUCCAUCAUCCACCCCAAGCCCAACUUACACCCCAUCUCCAGAGUACAAAACUCCAUCAUACACCCCAAGUCCCGUCUACACCCCAUCUCUAGAGUAUGAAACUCCAUCAUCCACCCCAAGCCCAACAUACACUCCUUCUCCGGUGUACGAAACUCCAUCAUACACUCCAAGUUCUGUCUACACCCCAUCUCCAGUUUAUGAAACUCCAUCAUCCAUCCCAAGCGCAACCUACACCCCUUCUCCUAAGUACGAAACUCCAUCAUACACCCCAAGUCCCGUCUAUACUCCUUCUUCAGAGUAUGAAACUCCAUCAUCCAUCCCAAGCCCAACAUACACUCCUUCUCCAGUGUAUGAAACUCCAUCGUACACUCCAAGUUCCGUCUCCACCCCAUCUCCAGUUUAUGAAACUCCAUCAUCCACCCCAAGCCCAACCUAUACCCCUUCUUCGGAGUACGAAACCCCAUCAUACACUCCAAGUUCCGUCUAUACCCCAUCUCCAAAGUAUGAAACUCCAUCAUCUACUCCAAGCCCAACAUACACUCCUUCUCCAAUGUACGAAACUCUUUCAUACACUCCAAGUUCUACCUACACUCCUUCUCCAGAGUACAAGACUCCUUCAUAUGUUCCAGUACCAACCUAUAGUCCAUCUCCAAAGUACGAAACUCCAUCAUACACCCCAAGUUCAACUUAUAGCCCAUCUCCAAAGUAUGAAACUCCUUCAUAUACCGCUAGCCCAACCUACAGUCCAUCACCAAAGUAUGAAACUCCUUCUUACCCUCCAAGUUCCACCUACACUCCUUCUCCUAAGUACAAAACUCCUUCAUAUGUCCCAAGUCCAAUUUAUAGUCCAUCUCCAAAGUAUGAAACUCCAUCAUACACCCCAAGUUCAACUUAUAGCUCAUCUCCAAAGUAUGAAACUCCUUCAUAUACAGCUAGCCCAACCUACAGUCCAUCACCAAAGUACGAAACUCCUUCAUAUACCGCUAGCCCAACCUAUAGUCCAUCCCCAAAGUACGAAGCCCCUUCAUACACUCCAAGUUCUACCUACACUCCUUCUCCUAAGUACGAAACUCCUUCAUAUGUCCCAAGUCCAAUCUAUAGUCCAUCUCCAAAGUAUGAAACUCCUUCAUACACCCCAAGUUCAACUUAUAGCCCAUCUCCAAAGUACGAAACUCCUUCAUAUACCACUACCCCAACCUACAGUCCAUCACCAAAGUACAAAACUCCUUCAUACACUCCAAGUUCUACCUACACUCCUCCUAAGUACGAAACUCCUUCAUAUGUCCCACAUUCAACCUAUAGUUCAUCUCCAAAGUAUGAAACUCCUUCAUACACCCCAAGCCCCGUCUACAUUCCUUCUCCAAAGUACAAAUCUCCUUCAUAUACCCCAAGCUCAACUUAUAGCCCAUCUCCAAAGUAUGAAACUGUUUCAUACACUCCAAGUUCUGUCUACUCUCCUUCUCCAAAGUAUGAAAAUCCUUCAUAUAUCCCAAGCCCAAUCUAUAGUCCAUCUCCAAAGUAUAUCACUCCUUCAUACUCUCCAAGUCCGAAAUAUUCCCCGUCUCCUAAGUAUGAAACUAUUUCAUACACCCCAAGCCCAACUUAUAGCCCAUCUCCAAAGUAUGAAAAUCCUUCAUACACUCCAAGUUCUGUCUACACUCCUUCUCCUAAGUACAAAACUCCAUAUACCCCAAGCCCAACCUAUAGUCCAUCUCCAAAGUAUGUAACUCCUUCAUACUCACCAAGUCCGGUCUACACUGAUUCUCCUAAAUACAAAACUCCUUCGUAUACCCCAAGCACAACUUAUAGUCCAUCUCCAAAGUAUGUAACUCCUUCAUACUCACCCACUCCAGUCUACACUCAUUCUCCUAAGUAUGAAACUCCAUAUACCCCAAGCCCAACUUACUACCCUUCACCUGUACAUAAGACUCAAUCUUACAUCCCAAAAUCAACUUACACCCCAUCUUACACCCCAAGCCCAACUUAUAAACCAUCUCCUAAGUAUGAAACUCCUUCAUACACCCCAUCUCCAAAAUAUAGUCCAUCUCCCAAAUACGAAAUUCCAUCAUACUCACCAACUCCACUUUAUACUCCAUCACCUAAAUACGUGAACCCGUCAUACACUCACAAAAGUUAUGAAUAUGAAGCUAUUCCAACUAUCUAUACCGUGCAAGGUGUAAUCUAUUGUAGCUCAUGCUACAAUAAUUCUCCCAUCAAAGGUGCUGUGGCAAAAAUUUCAUGUGAAUCAAACAGCAAUAAUGGUGAAUACAACCCAACCAAGUUCUCCAUGUUGACUCCUGAAACUGACAAAAACGGUUUCUUCCUUGCCACAUUUACUCCUGAACAACUUGGCACAUAUUUGAAGCCAACUGACUGCAAAGUGUACCUUGAAAGUUCUCCAUCUUACUCGUGCAAUGUUGCUACCAACAUCAACCUUGGAAAGUCAGGGGCUUCUUUGACACAUUCAAAUGAUGUUAAUGAGAAAACAUACAUCUUGAAGUCAUACUCUGUUCAACCUCUUGUUUAUACAUCAGCAGAAAAGUGCAAAAAGCCAACACAUUACACAUCACCAGUUUACCCUCAAUCACCAAGUUACAAGGCCGUCACAUAUAGUCCACCUGUGUACACUCCAAAAUCAAGCUACAAGGCACCCGCGUACACUCCAAAAUCAAGCUACGAAACUCCAUCAUACACUCCAUCCGCGUAUGUUCCAGCAUCCAAAACUGUAACAUACAGCUCACCGGUAUACACCCCAAAAUCAAGCUAUGAGGCUCCUCCAAGUUACUCACCAAAGUCGGAGUACAAAACUCCCACAUCCACUAAUUAUGGCUAUUAAGCAAAGCCAAUCUUGAUUUGAUUAAAUCUUUUUCCCGAGUAAUAUUUUAAUUUCAAUAAGUGCAAGUUAAUUUUUUGUUAUCAUUAUAUGACUUCUUAGAACAUGUUCUUGAAGAAGUUAUGCUUCUGAGAAAUAUUCAGAAUAUAUUUAUCUGACUAAUUAUUACAUUUUUCAUAA